CCUUCUGUUCUUUAUAGCGAUCCCUCUCUUCCGCUUUCAAUGCAGACUCAUCCAUCAACCCCUUCUUCUUCUUCUUUUUCCACUCCACCAUGUUCUGCAGUUUUCUCCUCUUUCAAUGACGGGUCUUUCAGAUUCGUUACCGUUGGUUUGAUUCUGAGGCUAUAAUACAGAUCUUAUCAUAUUGUAACCGAUAAGCCACUCACAAGGUGUUAUCAGCUUGCUGACCUUGGGGAUUUGGUAGUCGGUCAUAAGUUUACAACAUGCCAUAUUAUGUACAGAGACUCUAUAGGCUAUGCAAGGCAUCAUUUUCACCUGAUGGACCCGUGUCACAAGAAGCCAUUGAAAAAGUUUGUGAAAAGUUAGAAAAAAUCAAGCCAUCAGAUGUAGGUCUUGAACAAGAGGCACAAGUGGUUAGGAAUUGGUCUGGUCCAGUUCUUGAACGUCAUGGGAGCCAUAAAUCUUUGCCACCUAUCAAAUACUUGCAUCUUCAUGAAUGUGACUCCUUCUCUAUAGGGAUUUUUUGCAUGCCUCCCUCGUCUAUCAUUCCUCUACACAAUCAUCCUGGAAUGACGGUGUUGAGCAAGCUCUUAUAUGGUUCAUUGUAUGUGAAAUCCUAUGAUUGGAUUGAUGUGCCUGGCUCUGCUGAUCCAUCUCAAGCUAGACCCGCAAAGCUUGUCAAAGAUACAGAGAUGACAGCACCAAGUCCCACAACAGUUCUUUAUCCCUCAAGUGGAGGAAACAUCCAUUCUUUUCAAGCUAUAACUCCUUGUGCAAUCUUUGACAUACUGUCUCCACCUUACUCUUCAGAGCAUGAAAGACACUGCACUUACUUCCGGAGAUCCCAAAAGAAAGACCUUCCAGUUAAUCUUCAGUUGGACGGAGUUACAGCUUCUGAAGUGACUUGGUUGGAAGAAUUUCAACCUCCUGAUGACUUUGUGAUCCGGCGGGGACUGUAUAGGGGUCCAGUUAUUAGAACUUAAAAAUUUUCAUGUUUAAUGUGUUUUUACACCAUAAGAAAAUUGCCUUCUCAUCUUUUAGGUUACUACAACAAAGGGAACAGUGGAAUGUGCAUUAUAUUCUUUGGCUAUGUCAGUUAGGCAUUUGGGUGAUUGGGUCUGUACAUAAUAAUGUACUAAUAUAAUCUAUUUACAGACCUCAGUUUAAGUCAGUAGAAUAGUUAUGGAAUGUUGUUUAAAUAGAACUUGUGAGUAGCCCCUGUGAAAAUUUGAUUUUUUUUCUUUGGUUUUGCAAUGGAGAAUAAGAGGGUGUUGUGA